UUUGUAGACUACAUGUUUCGCCUUUAGAUGGCGCUUCACUGAACUUAUUAUAGCGUGAAACAACUAUUCUAUGGCGCACUUAUUUUAUUGAGACAAGUGGAAUUUGUUGCAGUUGUUAUCGAGCAUCACGAGUGUGAACGUAGAUCAUUGUUCAAAAAAGAAAAACAGACGAUUUUAUUUUACUUCUGAAAACGAAAUACAGUUAAAGAACAAUGGGGGAACGUAAAGGAACAAAUUUGUAUUAUCCACCUGAUUAUGAUCCACGUGUUGGUGGAUUAAACAAAUUUCUUGGUACACAUGCAUUACGUGAAAGAGCGAGGAAACUCCACAUGGGUAUCCUUAUCAUCAGAUUCGAGAUGCCGUACAAUAUAUGGUGCGAAGGAUGUGGUAAUCAUAUUGGAAUGGGUGUACGUUAUAAUGCAGAGAAGAAAAAGAUUGGAAUGUAUUAUAGUACACCCUUGUAUCAGUUUCGUAUGAAAUGUCACCUUUGCGAUAAUCAUUUUGAAAUAAAGACUGAUCCUGCUAAUCUAGAUUAUAUAAUAGUGAGUGGAGCAAGACGUCAAGAAAAUCGGUGGGAUCCAAAAGAAAAUGAGCAAGUUGUACCAGAAACAAAAGAAGUAUCAUGUAGACUUUACGACGAUGCAAUGUACAAGCUGGAGCAUGGUAUAGAAGAUAAGAAAGUAGCAAAGUCCCGUGACUCCUCGUUGGAGGGUGCAUUAGCAUUGAACGACGCUACUUGGAAAGACGAUUAUAGUUCGAACUGUGCAUUACGCUCGGCAUUUAGAACGAAAAAAAAGGAAUUACAAAACAGACAGGGCACCGAUCAAAUGUUGCUUAAAAAAAGUGGACUAAACAUUGAUUUAGUGAACGAACACGAAGACGACAUAAAGUUGGCAAAGUUAUUAAUGCAUAAAAAAGAAACGAAAAAAACAGGGAAUACUUCUUUGAAACGGUUGGUAUCAAUCGUUCGAUCGAAAGAUAAGUUAAGAAAAUUAUCGCAGUCCGCACCGAUUAACGACGCUAAAAGACACAAGGACCAAUUAACAAAGCUGCCAGAAUUGCCGCAACUAGAAUGCACAUCAGCUAACGAUGUAUUAAGUAGAUCGUUAGUAACAUACGACAGUUCUGAUACUGACAAUGAAUCAUAGUAUUAGGUAUUUAAAAUAAAAUUAUAUGUACUUAGUAUAGUAAAUAAUUUUUUUAUUUAUUACAUACGAUGUAUAUAAUAUUUAUACGUAAAAAUGUAAGAUUAAUUAGUAACGUGAUAAGUAGAGUUCAGUAUAAUUAUAAUUAUAAUUAUUAGAAAUGGUUA